UUGCCAUAAAAAAAAGAAGAAAAAGUGGUAGCUGAUGCCAACAAAUCAACUUUCAAUUUGUUUAUGUUUCCAGUUUCUAGCUUUUUAGCCGAAAAGUACAAUCCGUUCAGGUUUAAACCAAAUAAAUAAUAAACAUGUCCAUAGAAAUAGAAUCUGCAGACGUGAUUCGAUUGAUUCAACAAUACCUGAAAGAGUCGAAUCUUUUUCGAACAUUGCACACACUACAAGAAGAAACAGGUGUGACUCUAAAUACUGUAGAUAGUGUUGAUGGAUUUUGUGCUGAUAUAAAUAAUGGUCAUUGGGAUACUGUUCUAAAGGCUAUACAGUCCCUCAAACUUCCAGAUAAGAAGCUAAUUGACCUCUAUGAACAAAUUGUUCUUGAGCUUAUCGAACUGAGAGAAUUAGGAGCGGCAAGAUCACUAUUACGUCAGACAGAUCCAAUGAUUAUGCUGAAACAGAAUGAACCAGAAAGAUAUAUUCAUUUAGAAAAUCUUUUGGCAAGAUCAUAUUUUGAUCCCAGAGAGGCUUAUCCUGAUGGUAGUAGUAAAGAGAAGCGAAGAGCUGCAAUAGCACAUGCACUUUCUGGAGAAGUCUCAGUUGUUCCAUCAUCUAGGCUUUUAGCUUUACUGGGUCAAGCUUUAAAAUGGCAACAACAUCAAGGGUUACUCCCACCUGGCACAACAAUAGAUUUAUUCAGAGGUAAAGCUGCAGUUAGAGAGCAAGAGGACGAAACCUUCCCAACACAAAUGGCUAAACAAAUUAAGUUUGGUCAGAAAUCUCAUGUUGAAUGUGCUAGAUUCUCCCCAGAUGGUCAAUAUUUGAUUACAGGAAGUGUUGACGGUAUUAUUGAAGUAUGGAAUUUUACAACAGGAAAAAUAAGAAAAGAUUUAAAAUACCAAGCACAGGAAAAUUUUAUGAUGAUGGAACAUGCCGUGUUAUGUAUGGCAUUUUCAAGAGACAGUGAGAUGUUAGUCAGUGGCUCACAAACAGGUAGAAUAAAAGUUUGGAGAAUCAGUACAGGACAGUGUUUAAGAAAAAUAGAAAAGGCACAUUCCAAAGGGAUAACUUGUUUGCAGUUUUCAAGGGAUAACAGUCAGGUUUUAAGUGCCUCGUUUGAUCAUAGCAUAAGAAUUCAUGGCCUGAAAUCAGGAAAGACGUUAAAAGAAUUUCGAGGACACACUUCCUUUGUAAAUGAAGUUAUUUUUACCCUUGAUGGGCAUAAUAUUUUAAGUGCAUCAUCAGAUGGGACAGUGAAAGUUUGGAGUAUAAAGACGACAGAAUGCAUAAACACAUUUAAAUCGUUAGGUUCAAGUGAUUGUACAGUCAAUAACAUACAUAAUUUUACUAAAAAUCCUGAACAUUUUGUUGUAUGCAAUAGAAGUAAUACUGUUGUUAUUGUCAAUCUACAAGGACAGAUUGUGAGAUCUUUUGCUAGCGGUAAAAGACAGGGCGGCGACUUUGUAUGUUCUACGGUUUCACCCAGAGGCGACUGGAUAUAUUGUGUUGGUGAAGAUAUGGUGCUUUACUGUUUCUCCACUGUAACGGGCAAAUUAGAAAGAACUUUAAAUAUCCACGAGAAAGAUGUUAUUGGUGUAGCUCAUCAUCCACAUCAAAAUCUACUCUGUUCUUAUAGUGAAGAUGGAUUAGUACGACUUUGGAAACCAUAAUUUCUGUAUUUAUUUAUUUAUGUUAUGAAAUACAUGCAAAAUCACCAAGGUUGGUAUACAAUUUUUUUAUUGAGAUAAUGAAAUAAUA